AUGGCGGCCCCCGCUCUGCAGAUGCUGCCGCUGCUGCUGCUGAGCCUGACAGUCCCGCCGGCCAGCCCGGCGGCGCUGGUCAACAAGCAGCGACAGAGCCCCGCCGAUACCCAGAGCACGUCCGAGGCAGACGCGCGCAUCAUCAACUACCAGGGCGAGAGCUACCAGGACGGAUACCACUUCCAGUUCGAGACCACCAACGGCAUCAAGCGCGAGGAGGUGGGCAAGAUCUAUAGCGGCCCCAACAACGAGACAGGCGUGCUGGCAACCGAGGGCCGCGUGCACUGGACCGCCCCGGACGGCAUGCGCAUCGAGAUGCACUGGCACGCCGACGAGAACGGCUUCCAGCCCAGGGGCGUACACAUGAGGUCCAACCACUGGCAUCCCGUACCCGAGCUGCCCCCCGUCGACGAAGACUACAAGCUGCUGCGAGCUCUCCGCGAUGACACGUUGGACCUGCUCCGGCACUCGGAACCGGAGGACCCAGAGGUCAAGCGCCUGAAGAAGCUGCUCGGGCCGCAGAAGACGAAGGCAGAGAGGCUGCGGCUGAGCCGACAGAGACUGAUCGAGCGCGUGAGGAAGCUGGCUCCGGGGACGUUUGAGCAGGAGAAGACGGCCGAGAGGGCGUCUUUUGAAGCUGACCCUAACGCCGUCAAUCUGAGAGAAACCAAUGCAGCCGCAGAACCCAGUAAGGUAGACCUGGAAAAGAAGCAGGAAGAUCAAAACAAAGACGGAGCGGGGAGACCUGAAACGGCAGAAUCGCCAGGCGUAUCAGAAAGUCCCGAGCAGCGAAAGGCGACCGGAGACUCUGAGACCAAACGCUUGGAGAGCUCGGGGGAGCCGAAGAAGACCACAAAGGAGCAGAAUGAGCGGCGGAGGAUGGUGAAGCGAGUGAAGAUUAUUUCGAACACGUCUGAGGAGGAACAGUCUGGAGGUGUCGAUUCGCUAGACACAUCGGGAAUUCCUAAACCGCCGAAAACGACCACAGAGGAGCGGAAUGGGCGAAUGAGGAUGGUGAAGCGAGUGAAAAUUAUUUCAAACACGUCUGAGGAGGAACAGCCUGGAGGUGUCAAUUCGCUAGGCGCAUCGGGAAUUUCCAAACCGCCGAAAACGACCGCAGCCCCAGAUGUCACGCCCUUGAAGAGCUCAGGAAGGCCGAAAGAGACAAAAGGGGGAAAGGAGGGUGGACGGAUGAGGAUGGUGAAGCGAGUGAAGAUUAUUUCGAACACGUCUGAGGAGGAACAGUCUGGAGGUGUCAGUUUGCUACGCACAUUAGGAGUUCUCAAACCGCCGAAAACGACCACAGAAGAGCAGAAUGGACGAAUGAGGAUGGUGAAGCGAGUUAAGAUUAUUUCGAACACGUCUGAGGAGGAACAGCCUGGAGGUGCCGGUUCGCUAGACACAUCGGGAAUUCCAAAACCGCCGAAAACGACCACAGAGGAGCAGAAUGGGCGAAUGAGGAUGGUGAAGCGAGUAAAGAUUAUUUCAAACACGCCUGAGGAGGAACAGCCUGGAGGUGCCGGUUCGCUAGACACAUCGGGAAUUCCAAAACCGUCAAAAACGACCACAGAGGAGCAGAAUGGGCGAACGAGGAUGGUGAAGCGAGUGAAGAUUAUUUCAAACACGUCUGAGGAGGAACAACCUGAGGGUGCCGGUUCGCUAGACACAUCGGGAAUUCCAAAACCGUCAAAAACGACCACAGAGGAGCAGAAUGGGCGAAUGAGGAUGGUGAAGCGAGUGAAGAUUAUUUCAAACACGUCUGAGGAGGAACAACCUGAAGGUGCCGGUUCGCUAGACACAUCGGGAAUUCCAAAACCGUCAAAAACGACCGCCGACCCAAAGGUCACACCCUUGGGGAGCUCGGGGAGGCCGAAAGGGACAAAGGAGGGAAAGGAGGGUGGACGGAUGAGGAUGGUGAAGCGAGUGAAGGUUAUUCAGAACGCAUCUGAGCAGGUGAAGACGGCCGAGGGUUUGUCUUCUGAAGCCGACUCAAACCCCGGCAAGCUACGAGAAGCGACUGGAGCAGAGGAGGUCGGUAAGGUGGGCCUGAGAGCGAAACAGGAAGACCAGACCAGUGACGGGCUGGAGCAGCCUGAGGCUCCUACUUCACCGGACAUAUCGGGAAGUCCUAAACAGCCGAAAGCAGCCAGUGCGGACAUCGACGCCAAGCAGUUACGUCUAGGACUGAUUCCUUUCACCAUCAUCGAAGGAAACAAGUUAAGGCGGACCAUCAGGGUACGUCGGAAGAUCAUGACAUUGUAAAGCGAAGACCGGGCGGGACGCUGGGAACGCGGCGCUGUGAGUGCUGCGCGUACGUAACAGUGAGAUAGUGGUACCUAACAGUGAGAUAUUUGCUGUCCGGGAAAGGGCAAAGAGAAGCAGGCGAGGGUGAUGGCAAUGCCAGCUCUCAUUCCAUGACGAUUUGCGAAUGGAAAAUCAUUCAGCCGAUAAGCACAAGACCUGUAUGCAGUGCAGAAAGCGGCGCGAUGCACCGAAAUAGACCGGUGCGCACGUGCUGUGCAGACCACAUUUGUAGCAAUUGACAUUGGUUUUCCAAAAGGUCCUUUUACCGCGAGUAAAAUCAGUCAGCGUUACAAUAUUAGUGUGAAUUCCGUGUCCAGGCGCGCGCUGAGGAACCGCAAGCAUGCAGUUUCAGCGGCUUAUUCUGAACGCCAAAUGCUCUCAUGGUGUGAGCAAUGCCUUGCGUGUAAUUCAUAGAAAGCCGGUAACUGCAGUGCAGCUAUGAAUGUGCUCGUGACACGUAAGCCGCGCUUACAUUCACCGGGUUGGCAGCGUGGCUGGCGAGUGGUAAAGUGAGCAGGAGACUGGGAGGAGCGUGUGUAGCCAUGACUUGUGGUUAUGACUCCAUCAGUGGUAGACCAAUACAUGCAUCAUUAGCUGACCCGCAACAAACACGUUACGUUCAGGUCCUAGUUCAACGGGCCUUUUAUAAGCAUAAUGAUCAAAAUGCAUGAUUCGCAUACUGUUCGGUGGGCCGUCGGUACUUCAGCAUAAUCCUUUAGUUACCACCAAAAUACAUUCGCUGUUUUCAAAACCCGACAACAUGCAACCCGACAGUCCGGCCGCAAUACCAAAACUACAGUACACCAAGUAUCACGAUUCGUGAGAACCACGCCCGUCGUCCCUAAUGUGAAGCGAGAGGCGACACACAAAAUACGUCGCUUCAACCGGAC